GUCAGUGUUCUUCUGACUGCACUUUUGGAGUGUUAACUCUUUUUUCAUUGUUCAUUCGAGUAUAAAUAAUAACUGUUUUUGUUCAAAACAAACAUUUGAAGAUCUAUUUAAAUUAUCCAGUAAUAAUAGUGGUAAACAAUUCAAUUCGUAGAAUGACAUUUUAAGUUCAUAAAGUUUUAUUUUACAAGUCAAAUAUAAAAAUAUUGAAAUGGGAUCAACAUUAGAAGACGGUGAAGGAUUAAUUGGAUCAAAGGAGUUCGAGAGGACGAAUAGCAAGAAUUCAGCCUGGAAAAAACUAUUGAAGUCUUUUCUGUCACAUGUAGGAUUACUGGUCACUCUGAUGAUGUACACAAUUCUUGGAGGUUUGCUGUUUUACGAACUAGAGUACCCUGAAGAGGUGAACAAUCUGCGACGCUUCGAACAGCUGGUGAGAGAGGAGCGACAGGCGUUUGUCGAGGCGGUCAGUGUGCAGGUGGCUGCUCACAAUGAGACUAAUGAGCAUGCGCAGACGCAACUUGAUGAGCUGCUUGCCAGGUAUGAGCGCGCAGUUCAAGAGGCAGCCUCGUCCGGUGUGUUGGUGCCUCUCGCCGACCAACGCCCCGUUCACGAGCUCACCAAGUGGACCCAGUUGCAGGCCAUAUUCUUCGCCGUCACUGUUCUCACCACUAUAGGCUACGGGAACGUGGCGCCGGCGACGGGCAUAGGACGGGGCUGCUGCAUGCUGUUUGCACUGGUCGGCAUCCCAUUGACGGUGACUGUGAUCGCAGAUGUAGGCCGCCUUAUGGCCUCCGCGCUGCCGCCCCUCACCGCCCCCGCCCCUCGCCAGCCCUUCGUCUCCGCCGUUGCUGCCCUCGCUCUCCUGCUCCUCUUCCUGGCCGUGGGCGCCUGCUUCUUCGCCGUCCUCGAGCCCAGUUGGCGCUUCUUCGAUGCCUUCUACUUCUGCUUCAUCACUAUGACCACUAUCGGCUUCGGCGAUCUUGUCCCACAAACGCCGAAAUACAUGCUGGUGUGCACAGUGUACAUAGUAGCCGGCCUUGGCCUGACGUCGACCAUAAUCGAGCUGGUGCGUCAGCAGUACGCGCGCUCCUGGCGGCAACUGCAGGCACUAGCUGAGAUGCUAGCGCGACUGGCGGACGACGCUGAUCGCACACCGUCCAAGGCCGGACGCGACCUGAUACGCGCCGAAUUGCGACGCGCGGCCCUCGCUCUGCAAGACAAGGCUGGCUGGCAGCAGGCUGUCGACCGUCUCGUGUCCGACAUCAAACGAACGCCACCGGCUCCACCGCCACCCGUUAUUCAAAUUGUUGUCUACGAGUCGUCUGUCUGACUACUACAAUAUUAUUUCAAUACUGUAGAUUGAGUUACCUGUACCAACAAUUUUACAAAAACUCAUAAUUAAUAAUA